AUGAGCCAUCAAGAUAUAGAAAACAAGUUUAAUCAAGCUGUAGAAUAUGUAACCAAUAAUUCUAGCAAACUAAGUAAUUUAAAAAAUGAAGAACAAUUAUAUUUAUAUUGUAAUUUCAAACAAGCAACCAUAGGGGAUUGCAACACAAAACAACCUCCAUUUUAUGAUUAUAUCGGUAAAACCAAAUGGAAUAGUUGGAACUCGUUAAAAGGAGUAGAUAAAAUUGUUGCAAUGAAUAGUUAUAUAAGUCUAGUUAAUAAAAUUGCACCAGGAUGGGAUAGCAAUAUUGGUGCCAAACAAGCAGAAUCACAAAGUAUCUUUUUAGAAGAUGAAGAAUUUAAUGAACAAGAAAGAGUUCAAAAAGAGGAAUAUGCCCAAUUAAAACAAGAAGGUAGAGAAGAAGAAAAAUCAAAAUCAAAAUCAAAAUGGAUGGGUCCAGUUGUCAGCAAAUUUUCUAUGGUGGAUGAUGAAACUUUAGAAAAACUAUCAAAAGAAGAACAAGUUCAAGACUUAAGCUUUUGGAUUAGCGAAAAUAAUUUAAAUAAAUUCAAAGAAGAGUUAGAAAAAGAUAAAAGUAAAAUCAAUGAAAAAGAUAAAGAAGGUAGAACUCCAUUGACAUAUGCUUGUGAUAGAGGUAUUUAUGAAAUUGUUAAAAUUUUAGUUGAAAAUGGUGCCGAUAUAAAUCAUCAAGAUUCAGAAGGUAUGACACCACUUCAUUACUCCACACUUUGUAACCAUGUUGAAAUUUGCAAAUUCUUGCUUACCCAAGAAAAAAUCAAUAGAUCAUUAAAAGAUAAUUCAGAUUCCACUCCUUUAGAUUUAGCCGAUAGCGAUGAAAUUAAAUCUUUAUUUUAA